CCGCACAAGGCUGCAGUAUAUACUUCCAAACAUCUCCGCUGCUUGGACGAUUUUGAGGUACGACUUGUGUCAAGCAACCAUCAGACACUACACUCCAGACAUUCGACACAAUCACCAUUCUUGGCUAAAGCCUAAAGCAUCAACCAAGACGAAGUCCAACAUAUAAACAACACCAUAGCAAGACCUACCUCGAUCAUCAACCCAUCCGAACCAAACCACAAUGCCUUUCACUCGAUUCACACCACUUCUCCGCCAGAGGCUCUUCACCACAUCGACACGAUCUCGGAACGCUAUUGCUAUUGGAGAUGUCGCAGCUGAGGAACUAGCAGCAGCCUCAAAGGCUGUCCCUAAGCUUGGAAGGAUUGCCAGAUGGUACCUUCCCUCCAUGGCAGUUGCCGCUGUGGGUAUGAUGUACAUCCCAGCCAGCCUGUACCUUCCUCGCGCAGAGCCAAAGCCUCGCUCCGUCACUCUCGACGCUGCCAACCGUCACAUUGGUUACAGCAUCACCACUGCUCUCAACGAGUCCAACCGCGCUAUCCACGUGCCAGUUGAGCUCACUCAGGAGCAGAAGAACCAGGCGCUCAUGGACCUCUACGGCGAGCGUUCCAGCCUUGAGGAUAUGCAGCGUGCUAUUGCUGGUAUGGAGGCUCGCGCCACAAGCCAGAAGGACAGGAACGCAGCACUCGAGGCAGCCUACGGCGACAGGAGCAGCAUCAAGGACAUCGAGAGAGCCAUGCAGAUAUACGAAGUCCAGUGAUUACAUUAAGAAAGGUGUAUAAUUUGGGACGCACAGCCACUAGCGUGAAGCUGAAGAGAACACCAUACCACUUCGUACCGGGGAGCAGGGCACGACGAAGAGGAAGAAGACAUAACGCGCGCAAGACGCUGCAAGUCACACCGCCAGGGCACGAGAAAACCGUCAC